UCUUGUCGUACAUGACGACACAGGUUCGAGUCCUUGAUUUAAGUUAUAACAGGCAGCUUAAGUGUCUUCCCAAUUCAAUCUCAGAUUUGGAGAAUCUUUGUGGAUUAUUUCUUGGAUAUUGUCAAAGCAUUAGUUGUUUGCCAGCAUUGGAGAAGCUGAGCGCAUUGAGGGUGUUAGAUAUUAGUGGUUGUUCAAAGAUUAGUUGUUUGGCAGCAAUUAAGAAGCUGAGGGCAUUGAGGGUGUUAAAUAUUGAAGAUUGUAAGGGAAUUAGGAAAUUGCCUCAAGACAUGGAAUGUUUAGCCAGUCUCCAAUAUCUAUAUACGAUGCACACAAGCAUAUUGGAGAUUCCAAAAGUCGUAAUAUCCAAACUAAGAAAUCUUAGAUGCCUCCAAUUAGAGGAAUGCGGGAGCUUGCAAAGUGAAGAAGUGAAUUGGUUGCCACAUCUUCAAGAAUUUACAAACUGCUAUGAUGAAUUGCACAGCUUCAACACAUUGGUUAAAAAACUUGAGCAACUGGAAUGCUACCACAUAUGUGUAGGUGGGAGGAAUUACCGAGAGUUGGACACUAAAAGCAAGACUGUGUAUUUGGAGGGAAUCGGUUUUAAAGGGGAAAGAGGUCAAGAAAUUAAAGCUUUGCUUCCUGCAAACAUUUGUUGUUUACACAUUAACAGAUGUGAAGCGUUGAAUGGGUCCAUAGCAGACUAUUUCCAAUCAGUAAUGAGUAAUUUGAGAAAACUAGAAGUACAUGAUUGCAAGGAAGUAGAGUGGAUUUCGAACAGCAAACAAAUAACAGAAAAUGCAGCAUUUAAGAGUCUUGAGGUGUUGGAUCUCAGUUUGCUGCCAAAAUUAAUAAGUGUGUGUAAAGGAGAAGAUGUAAUUCUUCCAGAUUAUUACACCUUCUCAUGCCUUAAACAUGUGCAUAUCUUUGAAUGUAAAAGUAUGAAGAAGUUGUUGCCACUGGCGUUAUUGCAAAAUCUCAAAAGCCUUGAGACACUUUAUGUGGCACGCUGCUACCAACUUGAAGUGGUAAUAGGAGAAGUUGAGGGGGAUGAAGAAGGUAUAGGUAGUAGUAGUAAUAGCCCACUCUUGUCAUCCUCAAAUAUAUUAUACCUCCCCAACCUUAAAUCCUUACAACUUGACAACCUGCCAGCAUUGAAAAGCAUAUGCAAUGGUAGAGGAAUGAUUUGCCCUUCCAUUGAAAAAAUACUCAUUUGGCGUUGUACAAAUAUAAAGAGGAUGCCUUCGUUUCUUCCCAUUAAUGAGGCUAUUGGACAACCAUACCUUCCUUCUUCCUUUCGAGGGAUCUACUUAUUUCCAAAUAAGAAAGAAUGGUGGGAAUCAUUGGAGUGGCACAACCCAAAUGCAAAAGACAUCCUUCAAUCUCACAUUCAUUGGAACAAGUUGCCUUAAUAGGAGGUGAAGGAAGUGGACAACAUUGAAGGAAGAUGAGGGAUUCAUGCUAAUAGGCUAGCAAGCU